AUGCGUUACGGAAACGGGGGCGCAGGUGCCGACUGCGCGGCGUCGGACGUCAACCCUGACCAUGCCGCCGGCCAGGGGGUGGCCGAGCCUGCUUGUGCUGCUAAGGACGCGGCGCCGCAGACCACAGACCAGCCUGCGGUGACGGCUGCUGCUACAGGCGCCGAGGGAGAGUCUACCCCGGCGAGUGCCGCGGCGAGCACUCCGCCGAGGGAUGGGGAGGCAGCAAGGACCGCUCCCCCGAGUAGCGUCGCGGAAGGGGAAGACAGAGCCCCGACCCCUCCCCCUGCCGAAGAGAGGGGGGUCCCAACGCCACCUUGGGCAGGGGCCUCUUCGUCCGCGGGCUCCCCGGGCCUGGUCCAGGGGCCGGUGAUGCCUGCGACCACGAAUGGUGGCGGUGCAGCAAACGAGGAAACCCAGGCGGCCUGCGACGACGAGGUGGAGGAAAUUGAAGGUCGCCCCCGUGAUGGUCGCCAGCACGUUUAG